CGAAGAUCGCCCGUGUAUUCGUUUCGGGCCAAUAUCAAUUGUAAGAGGUUUCUACAAAGCAUGAACGCCGAGGUGGAGGCCGGCGCGGUCUUCUUCGACCCGGACCACUACAUCUGCACCGCCUCGGGCAACAAGAUCAGCCGUGACUCGACGCUCUGCUGCACCAAGAACAUCCUGCUUCGGGGCAAAACCAUCAUCAACGCGUCCACGAUCCUCCGUGGCGACCUGGCCAAGAUCUCGCUUGGGAAGCUCUGCAUCAUCCGCGAGUCCUGCGUGCUCAAGCCGCCACCCAAGAUCCUUCCCACCGGCAUGCUCUUCAUUCCGCAGACCAUCGGCGACCACGUGUACAUUGGCGAAGGCUCCAUCAUCGAGGCCGCACGCAUCGGAUCGUGCGUGCAGAUUGGGAAGAACUGCGUCAUUGGCAAGCGCGUGAUCAUCCGCGACUGCUGCUACAUUGCCGACAAUACGAUCAUCCCGUCGGACGAGAUCAUUCCGCCAUACACGCAUGUGAGUGGCAUCCCGGGGACGUCGACCCACGAGCUGCCGGAAGCGACCCAAGACCUUUGUAUGGCCCAAGUCGCGCGGUACUUUGAGAAUUUUCGCGCUGGGAAACCCAACGAAUAAAUCUUUUUUGCGACCGUAUUAAAGCUUAAAGCCAUUUUUUGGUGCCAUUGAGAA